GAUAACGUGUACGUUGACCGCUUAGUGGCCAGGGAUUUAGAAAUUUCACAAGGCAAACGCCCUCUGUUAUGUAAUUGAGACGUGGACUUUGCGUCGUCUGCUAGUGUGGCAAUACAAGUGAAGUUUGCCGUUAUACUUCAAAUUUCCCAUCACAUGAGGAUUUAUUCAAAAUGACUACAUCAGCAGACGUGGCGCUAAACAAAAAUGAAACAGAUUACGAAUUACUUUAUACCACAAAAGUUAACGGCGUGAUACCUAUCCACAAGUACAAGUCGAAGAAAUCUGCACUAAAAGUAAUCCUUGCGGAAGUUGAUGGGCCAGUGGUUAACGGGUACUUUGUUUUGGCUACGGAAGCUCAUGAUGACGAUGGUCUUCCUCACACAUUGGAACAUCUAAUUUUUCUUGGAUCAGAGUCAUACCCCUACAAAGGCAUGCUCGAUAUUCUUGCAAACCGCUGUUUGGCUUCAGGAACAAAUGCUUGGACCGAUGUUGAUCACACAUGUUAUACUAUGACAACUGCUGGUAGUGAAGGGUUUUUGGCUCUUUUACCUAUUUAUGUUGACCACAUUCUUAACCCCUUGUUAACGGACUCUGGCUUCAUAACUGAAGUACACCACGUCAAUGGUGAAGGUGAAGAUUCAGGUGUGGUGUACUGUGAAAUGCAAGGCUGUGAAAAUACGGGUGAGACUAGACUCCACAAUAGCAUGUUAAAGGCCAUGUAUCCUGGCCAUUGCGGGUACAAGUCAGUCACAGGUGGUCUUCUGAAAAAUCUCAGGGAAAGUACAACCAAUGAAAAGGUUCGCAAAUACCACAAAGCUUUUUACCGAACAGAAAACUUGGUACUGGUCAUCACGGGUCGUGUGGAAGCCUCGCAAGUUUUCCAGGCUUUAAAGCCCGUUGAAGAUACUAUUAUUGCAAAAUACAAAAAGAGCCAAACGCCAUUUAGCCGGCCAUGGCAAAGUGCAGUCCCACCCCUCAUGGAAUCUAUCGAUCAACUUAUACCUUACCCUUGCGAAGAGGAAGAGAAAGGCAUGGUAUGGCUAGCAUGGAGAGGACCCUCUUGUGUAUAUCAGCUGUACGAAACGUGUGCUCUGAUGAUGCUUAUGGAAUACCUAACCGACACGGCCGUCAGCCCAUUGCAAAAGACUUAUGUCGAAACUACCGACCCGCUGGCAAGCAAAGUAGGCUAUUCCUUCAUCGAGAACUCCGAGUCGAUCGUCUAUUUAGCGUUUGAAAACGUACCUGUCAACAAAUUGGGCGAAAUUCAACCCAAGUUAUUUAGUGUUAUGGAACCAUACGGGAAUGGGAGUGAACCUUUGGACAUGAAACGUAUGCAGCUGGUUAUUAGAAGAAGGAUGCUAGAGCAAUUGAGUCACCUCGAGAACAACCCUCAUGAUACUGUAGCCUUCAUGGCUGUUGGUGACAUUCUCUAUGGCCGAAGCCAUGAAGAUUUUCGCCGCCGAGUGAAUCCUAUGGAAGAUCUAAAAGCUUUAGCUAAAGAAAGUCCUAGUUUUUGGAACGAUCUAAUCCUGCGUUAUAUACUCGGUCGUCCCUGCGUUUUGACUCAAGGUAUGCCUUCCAAGAAUGAAAUGGAAGCGUAUACUACUCAGGAAUUAGAACGAUUAGAAACUCAACGAAGUAGUCUUGGAAGUGAGGGAUUAGCAAUGAAAGCGGAGGAACUCGCUGGUGCUUUAGAACACAACGAUCGCCAAGCUCCUGUAGAUCUCAUCAUGUCCGUUCCUAUUCCGGACAUUAAUUCUAUUAGUUAUCAUUCAAUUCAACGAUAUUGUAAUCGCGGGGAAAUAGUGGGAUGUAGCCGCUUUUCAGGAGAUCUUGAAAGAAUUCCUGUACGAUUUCAAUUGGACGAUGUUAAGACUCAAUUCGUUUACCUCUACGCUCUGAUGGACACCUCGUUAAUUCCCAGUGAUCAGCGUCUUUACUUGCCACUCUUGAUGAACUGCCUCCCAGAGUCUGCAAUAAUGCGCAAUGGCAAAUUAGUUUCAUAUGAGACUGUUGUUGCCCAGCUGAGUGGUGACACUGUUAAGACCCAUUCCGCUUUGGGCGUGGAUGCCUCGGAUGCAGAUCACUUUUUCUGUGGCUCAUACUGCAACGUGGCCGUUCUCAUGCUUCAGCUGGAACGAGAAAAGUACACCGAAGGCAUUUGCUGGCUGAGCGAUCUAUUGCGGCAAACUGUUUUCACCGCAGAACGUGUUAAAGUUAUUGCCUCGAAAAUGGCUAACGAUGUCGCUCGCAUCAAACGCAAAGGAAACAAAAUGGCGUUGGCACUGAUUCGCAAUUUGGUCUUCGACGGGAAGAGCAAUCAUGCUCACUGUUCACUGAUCCGGCAACAGCAUUUCCUCCACAAAUUAGUAGAAGAAUUGAACCGUUCACCGGAGCGGAUUAUCCGCGCCUUGACGGACUUGCGAGAUGCCAUCACUAGCCCGAAUUGCCUCACUAUCCAUAUGGCAGCUGAAAUAGAGAGUCUUCCUGAUGAUGCCAUUUCGUUGUGGAAUACUCAUAUGUUUGCAGAUUGGCAAGCAACUCAAAGUGCCAACGCAGAUAACGAUGGGCUGAUAAACCUUGUUGCUGAUUACCAAUUAUUGAAGGAGGUGUCAUCAGCUAGCCCGAUGGGUGCUGCUCUAUGUCUAGGAGCGGUUGAAUCUUGCUUCCUUAUCCAGGCUGUCCGCAGCAUUGAUGAUAUCCAGCAUCCAGAUCUAGCAGCUGUUCUGGUCGCCUUGCAAUACCUGGGUCAGCUAGAAGGACCUUUUUGGCGCAACCUUCGUGCACAAGGUCUAGUGUACGGUUAUAACUUGAAUUUAAAAGUUAGCGAAGGGCUGCUCUACUUAUCACUGUAUCGAGCUUCACACCCAGUAGUGGCAUUCAAAGAGGCCCGCAGCAUCCUUGAAAAUCAUGCCAGGAGUGACACUGAUGAUGUCUGGGAAUUGAGUCUGCUUGAAUCAGCAAGGAGCUCACUCAUUUUUGAAUUGGUCGAGCGGGAGAAGACUGUAGGAGACGCAGUGCACCAGUCUGUUCGCUCUUACCUGUCAAAUGCAUCAGCCGAUUACAACCGACAACUGAUCCACCGUGUUGCUGCUGUUACUAUGGAACAAAUGCGACGAGCCUUUCGGCUGCAUCUCACUGCCCUGCUGGAUACUGAACAUUGUCGAUGCUCUAUUAUUUGUCAUCCCUCGAAGCUGGAUGAAUUGGUAACAGGCAUCAACGCCUUGGGCCAACCAGUCCAUGGGUACACGUCAAUGGAAGAUUGCCCGUUGGGCCAAUCGUGCUAGAUUAAUCUUUUCUUUCAUCCCUUUGAACGCAACUGUGUGUUCGCCCCUUUCUGUUUCAUCCUGAGUCACUGAUUUUCCGCUUUUCUAGACCAUCUUUUUUGUGUGUGUGUGUCAGUGCAAUCGAGGAUCGAAAACAAACUUACUAGUUCCCAUUUUAUGACAGACAAUACUUCAUGAUUUUCUUUAGUUUGGUCUCAUACGCUGCAACAAUAGAUUGCUAACGAGAUGA